AUGGAAUUCGCCACCGAUUGCUCCACAAUGGGGAUCAUCAUCACAUCCUCAACAAUGGGGUUCGUCGCCAAAUUCUUCACAAUGGACCCUCAAAUGAAUAUUCAACAUGGAUUCCCAAAGGAAACUCGACAUGAAACAACAAGAACUUCACCUGAAAGAGUUUCUGCAGAAGUUUCGAUGCCUAAUCCAACAAAUAUGGCAAGAGGAGUAUCCCCAGAAUUUGGUUUAGCAAAUUAUGCUUCAACCGAACAAAUAUCACGACCACGCAAAGUAGGAGGAUUAUUCAACAUAUGGGGAACCAAACGAGGACCUAAUUUGAAUGAAAGCCAUCAAAGCGAUUCAAACAAUGAAGAUUAG